CGCCAUCGCAAGCCGUCGGGUCAUCGUUUGGGGCUAGCUUGCAAGAUUGAGAAAACUCGCUCCUUUGAAGUUUGAGGAUACCAAAUUAGAGUGGCUAGCUUCGUGUACCGUUUCCAGGAAACCCAUCAGACCUGAGAAUAGGUAAUGGUCAAAAGCAUGAUGGCAAAUAAACCAGAAGCAAAAGACGGCUCACUGCCAGGAGACACCUCUAUGGAGAAGAAGCGUAGAAAACGUCAUAAGAAACUUGCGCUUGACGUCUGUCAGCAGAUUGAGUUCUACUUCAGUGAUGCCAACUUGAGGAAGGAUCGAUUUCUAAAGCAGGAGAUGGCUAAAAGUAAAGAUGGAUAUAUAAGUGUGGACAUCAUAGCCAACUUUAAUAAGUUGUUAUCCAUGACAGAAGAUAGGAAGAUGGUCAUUUCAGCCAUUCAGCUAUCCGCCAUCCUGAAGCUUAGUGAGGAUCAGCUCUAUGUGAAGCGAAGAAAAACAUUGAAGCCACCGAAGUAUGAUCCUGACGACUGCACUGUAUAUGUGGAAUGCCUACCAAAGAAAGCCGACCAUGACUUGCUGAGGAAAGCAUUCUCAUACUGUGGUAAAGUGGUGUACGUCAGUCUACCACGCUACAAAUCUACUUCAGAUAUCAAAGGAUUCGCUUUCAUAGAGUUUGAAACUCCAGAGGAGGCAGAUCAAGCAUGUGAGCUGAUGAACAAUCCCCCGCCCGAUAUGAUGGACCGAGCUGGAAAAUUCCCCAAGAUGAGAGGAAAUAAGAGAAUUGUGCCUUUAGAAUUUGAUCAGAGCAAGGGACAUCUCUCCAGAAAUCCGCAAAUGAGAGUUCCAGACAGAGGAUCUGAAGACUUCAAGACUGAUUACAGGGUAGGAGCAGUUACAGAACAUGGUACAAAGAAAGCAGGAGGGACUAAUAUGACAGGAUCGGUAGGUGAUGAUCAAGGAACGAAGAAAAGGAAAAGGCAGUUUGAGGACGGAGAAGCAGAUUCAGAUGGAAACAAGAGGUUAAAAGAUUCUUCAAGUGACAAAAGUUUCGAAAAGAAGAAGAGAAACGUUGUAGUCGAGUCCAGCGAAUCAUCAGAUUCACAGAAGGGGCUAAAGCGGAAGCGACUUGAAGAAUCCAGCUCGGGGGGCCACAAAUCAGCAAGGGAAAGUACCUCCUUGAGUGAGAGUUGUGGUAAUGAGGAAGAGGAGGGACGUGCACAGAUGCCCAAAACCCUACGUGAGGCCAAGAUCAAGAUGAUGCAGAGAAAGCGAAGUUUUAGCGAAGGGGACAUAUGGAGUGUACGAGAACAGGAAGAGGACGAGGAUGAAGACAGCGACCAGGGUAAUAUGAUGAUCAAGAAACGAAGAGGAAAUGAGGCAGAAGAUGCGAAGAAACAAGGGACAAAAGAUGAAGAGGGUCUAGAAAAGAAGAAGCGUAUGAGGAAGAAGAAAAUGAGGAAGAUUCAAGAGGAUGAAGAAGCUCUUUUCCUGAGAGUUAUUUCUAAGAGAGAGUGGUUGCUGUUGAAGGAUGAAUACCUUACACUUCAGAAGGAGAGCUUAGCUCAGAUGAAACAAACCAAAAGAAUGCAUUAUCCAAUGCCCAUAUUCAGAAGAGGAACUCAAACAAAAUCACAGGUGCCUGCCAGUGAUACACCCCAGCUCAAAGAGCCGGAGGUUCCCCUUCAGUCCAAGAUGAAUGAACCUGUGUUUACUGAAGGGACUGUCAUGAAACUAGAAUGCCUGCAACCUAGUGUAUCAAGAAAGGAAGCCAAGGAGCACCUUCAGACCAUCUCACCUGUUGCCUAUGUAGACCUCCCUGAAGGCCACACUCAAGGGUUUGUAAGGUUUGAGACUGCUGAUGGACCUAAGGUUGUUCUUGAGGAAACCAACGUAGCUCAUCUUGCAUCAGAACACAUCUCAUUGUCCAUGGUGACAGGAGUUGAAGAGAAAGCGUACUGGGAGAAACUAUCUCGCGAUCGCCAAAUCAAGCUCGGCUCAAAGCAGAAAAAGAAGAAAAAGAGGGGAGUUACCAAGACAGCAGGACGAGCAAGCAAAGAGAAAGCACACAUCAGAUUCGAUGCAUGAUCCUGGAAAGAAAACUCAUGGAUGCUCUACAACCAGUGACUAUCGUGUGCACCUGCAAAAUAAUUGGAUCACAAUUGACACAGCAUUUUUUACGCAAUUGAUGAAGUUUCUUGCUUUGAAAAUGGCCGUCCUUAACAAUUCACUAAAGUUCCAUGGUGCGCAGGUUUCUAUUUUACUGUGUAGGGUUAUAAAGUAUGAUGUCAAACUGGCCAAGUUGCUAAAGUUGCUGGUUCCAAUCAAUUUUGUGCCAAAAAAUGGUGUGGUUAUGACAACAGCCCCCAUACAUUGAAUUUGCCCUGCUCUAUGGUGAACCUCAUGCACAGGCUCUGUUGUUUGGAACCAGACACCUUGACAAUGAGUGAAUAUGACAUAAGUACUUCAAUACUCUAUUUCCAAUCUAAGGCUAUCGAGUUUGCUGAAUGAUACAUGGAAGAAGACACUGAGAGACAGACAAUAUAAAAACAGAUGCAAUGUAUAGAAUGAUCCAUGGCCAGUCUCAUCUCAGAGAUAUUGUCUACAUAACUGGGAUGCUUAAAACCCUUUGUUACUAUUGCUCAGUCAUGAAAAUUGUUAGAGAAUGUUCAUUAAACUCCUUUUUCAGUAAUAGAAGCCCUGCUAAUCAAUUUUGUUUCUCAAGACAUUCUCUUAUUUUUAAAAGGAGUUAUGUGGUACAUACAAUAGGAGAUAAGGUGUAUUGAAUGUUCUUUAGAUUUAUAGGCAAUCAGAAGCCAGAGAUAUUGCCGCAUUGUGAAUUCUUUUAUAU